AUGGAGGCCGUUACAACGACCACAGCACCUGCGCCUGCUGCUGGCGGCAACCGCGCGUCCACCGACGCUCAGAAAAAACCACUGCAAAAUCGAACGGAUGCAUCUCAGACUGCGCAAGGUGCCCCGAAACCUAAAAGCGAGCAGCAGCCGCCGCCGCAGCGCAGGCAAGUUGCGCCGCGCGACAGGUUCAACCAGCAGUCAUUGGGACCCUAUCUCAAUAGCAAUGUGAAGCAGGCGCGAGUUUUGAUGGUUGGCGCCGGCGGCAUUGGCUGCGAACUGCUCAAGAAUCUCGUGCUCAGCGGCUUCGGCGAAAUACACGUUGUCGACCUCGACACGAUUGACCUCUCGAAUCUCAAUAGGCAGUUUUUGUUUCGACACGAGCACAUCAAAAAGUCAAAGGCCUUGGUAGCCAAGGAUGCGGCGCGAAAAUUCAACCCGAAGGUCAACAUCGUUGCGCACCAUGCCAACAUCAAAGACACCCAAUUCAAUGUCUCGUGGUUUCGGGAUUUCCGAGUGGUCUUCAACGCGCUGGACAACCUCGAGGCGCGUCGGCACGUGAACAAAAUUCCGAAGGAGGUCCCGAAAUCCUUCCCUAUCUGCACCAUUCGGAGUACACCCAGCCAGCCGAUUCACUGCAUUGUGUGGGCCAAGAAUUAUCUCUUAAAUGAGAUAUUUGGCACUAGCGAGGAAGAGGGGGCAUUUGAUCAUUCAGAAGAUGCUGAUAAUGCAAAGGAGAUCGAGGAGUUGAAGCGGGAGUCUGAGGCGCUGAAGAAUAUUCGUGCCGCUGUUGGCACGUCAGAUUUCCCACAGAUGCUGUUCGACAAGGUCUUCAACGCCGACAUUGAGAGACUACGCAGUGUGGAGGACAUGUGGAAGACUCGGAGAGCCCCUGAGCCGCUUGCAUACGACGCCCUUUUGGCUCAAUCGAGUGACGCCGUAAGCAAGAAAGACCUCAUUCUCGCCGAUGACCAACGCACAUGGUCCGUCGAGGAGAACCUCGCGGUCUUCAACGACAGCUUGGAUCGUUUGAGCAGACGCUUGCUUGCCAUGAAGAAGGCCAAAACACCAGAUGGUCCUGACCCGGUGAUCACCUUCGACAAAGAUGAUCCGGAUACUUUGGACUUUGUGACAGCAACCUCCAAUAUUCGCUCAACAAUCUUCGGUAUUGACAAGGAGUCCCGGUUUGACGUGAAGAAGAUGGCGGGAAACAUUAUACCAGCCAUUGCGACCACGAACGCCAUUGUAGCUGGUUUGUGUGUCUUGCAAUCUUUCAAGGUUCUCAAAGGAGAAUAUCGGCAAGCAAAAGAGGUUUUCCUGACGCCCUUUGCUUAUGGCCGUCUUCUGGCACCUGAUCGGUCGCGGGAGCCCAACCCAGCCUGUCCGGUCUGCGGUGUAUUCAAUGCUACAAUCGUGGUGGAUCCAUCGAGAACAACCCUUGAAGAUGUUGUGGAAGGGUUCCUGAGGAAACAUCUCGGUUUCGGCGAAAAGGAAUUCGUCCUGAAUAACGACGUCGGUGUUCUGUAUGACCCUGAUGAAGUGGACAAUCUCCCGAAAAAGCUACAGGAGCUCAAGAUCAAUGACGGCAGCUUCCUCACGGUGAUUGACGAGGAUGACGAAGACACAUUGGUCAACGUCGUGAUCAAUGUCGAAGAAGGCAAAUUCAGCGACGACGAACCAGCGUUCAGAUCCCCCACGAGCGAGCGGCCCGAGAUUCCCAAGAAACCGCAGAAGCCAUCAGCAUCGGAACCGAACGGCCACACCACCGGCGGUGCUGACCCUGAAGCCAGCGUCGAUAUGACCGUUGGGUCGGGGCUAAAGCGCUCACAUCCGGACGGGGACGAGAGUGAGCAGCAACCGAAGAAAGCCAAGCGGACAGGAGCCAUGGAUAAUGAGGUCGUGACCAUCGAGGACGCUGGCGGCACUAUUGUUAUAGAGGAUUGA